AUGAAGCCACUCCUGCUCCUGGUAGCCUUUCUUCUGCCCACUGGAGCUGGAGCAGGGGAGAUCAUCGGAGGUCAAGAAGCCAGGCCCCACUCACAUCCGUACAUGGCAUAUCUCCAGAUCCAGACUCCAGUAGGGCAGCUCUCUUGCGGGGGUUUCCUGGUGCGUGAAAACUUUGUGAUGACAGCAGCUCACUGCAUGGGAAGCUCUAUCGUUGCUGUCCUGGGAGCCCACAACAUCGGAAGACAGGAAUUUAGUCAACAGCGGAUCCCCGUGAGCAGAAUCAUCUCCCAUCCUGAGUAUGAUCCUCAGGACAACAGUAAUGACAUCAUGUUACUGAAGCUGGAGAGAAGAGCCAGACAGAAUCGCUUUGUCCGGACCCUGAAUCUGCCAACUCCCAGAACAAGGCUGCGUCCAGGCACCACAUGCACUGUAGCAGGAUGGGGACUUAUUGGCCUGAACCGGAGAACCCAGAAUCUCCAGGAGGUACAACUAAGAGUGCAGAGUGAUUUGCCAUGCAGCAGGCGCUUCCCUUUCUACAAUAGCCAGACACAGAUGUGCGUGGGGGACUCAACAGAGAGGAAGUCCGCAUUCAAGGGAGACUCUGGGGGCCCCUUGGUGUGCAACAAUGUGGCCCAGGGCAUUGUGUCCUAUGGAGACAGUGUGGGAACACCACCAGCCGUCUUCACCAAGAUCGCCAGCUUCAUGCCCUGGGUCAGGAGAACAUUGAGAAAUGUGGACCAGGGACAGGAUGAGCAUAUUCCUGCCUCCAAGCAGUCUGUGCUGAUCCUCCUACAGCCUGAGGAUGGGUACAAGGGCAGCUCUGUUUCCAGGAAAGUUCUCCUCACCUAA